AGAAGAGGUACGAAGGGACGCACAAGGAAGACAAAGUCUCGCCAUUCCCGCGUGCUCUUGAUAGUUGCAUACACACUAUAGGACUAGGUCUUCUUGAAUUGUGGAAAAAAAAUCAAGAAGAGAUCAAGAAAUCAUAUGGAGGAAGAACAAGUAAGAGCUAGUAAGAUAAUAGUGUUUGGAGUAAUCUCAUGGAGUGUUGCCUUUGUUCUUACUCGGAGAAUCUUCUCAAAAUACUCGUUCAGCUUCAGCAACCGUCUUCUCUCCACGGCUCACGCCACGAUCGCUGUUACUUUAGCUACUCUCUCUGUUCAAGAUUUGUCUUGCCCUGUUUGUCCCCGUGCUUCUAAGCCAUCUCGCAAACAGAUGGACGUGAUGGCGUUUUCGCUGUCCUACAUGAUCUACGACCUAAUAUGUUGUCAGUUCGAUCAAGUGUUUAGUAUUGAUAACGCGGUUCAUCAUUUUGUUAGCAUUCUUGGUUUUAUAGCUGGACUUGCCUACCAAAAGUCUGGAUCUGAGAUCGUGGCUACACUUUGGGUAGCAGAGAUAUCGAGUCCUUUUUUUCAUCUUAGGGAGAUUCUCAAAGAGAUUGGAUACAGAGACACUAGCCUUAAUCUAGCUGCUGAUGUAUGUUUUGCCACUAUAUUCACAUUGGCGAGAAUAGUGUGUGGACCAUUUCUCGUUUACGUCAGUCUCUCAGCUGACAAUCCCAUCUUCAUCAAGGCAAUGGGAUCAGGAUUACAACUCGUGAGCAUAUUUUGGUUCUAUAAAAUCUUCGGGAUGAUGAGAUAUAAACUUUUUAAGAAGCCAAAGUUAAACAAAAAGUCUAUUUAGUUAGAGAUUUAUAAAA